AUGGUUAAUAACUGGUCAGUACAAGCAACAGAAGAAAAAUUUGCGACACAACCUCAAUUGCAGUUAUCAGAUUGGACAACAGGAUAUCAAUGGGCGAAAACUGAUACCAAAAUUAGAGUUGUACAUUCAACACCAGCCAGCACCACAUAUUUAAUUCCAGGCAACAACUCAUUCAAAAUUGGUCAAGCUGAGAAGACUUUCAGACUUUUAUCGCAAGUACAGCUGCAAGCAUUUGAUAGGCCUUGCAAUCAGACUGAAAUACGUGACGCCUCCAUUAGAGGCAAAGUCACAACCACUAGGAUUAAAAAGAAAGCGUGGAAGGCCAACAAAAGCGCGAGCUGCGUUAAUAAUCCAAUAAUGGUUUAA